AUGCCGAAAGUAAAGUAUAGUGACUCUUGCUUGCAGCUGGAGUUCCACAAGGACGAUCAGCUACGUGUCCAGAAGAUGUGCGCCAAGCCAGCUACAGGGAAAGGAGAGAACUUCGUGGGUGUGAUGACUCGUAUCUAUGUGGACUUUCAGCAUGGAGAUGGAACCAAGCAAAAGCAGUCCUACAUCCUAAAGCAGGCAGUUUCUUCAGAUGCUCCACAGGCGAAAAUAUUCGCUGAGUACGAUGUAUACAACAGGGAACUGGAUAUGUACGACAUUGUGCUGCCCAAAAUGACCAAGAUUCUCCAAGAGGCUGCUUUCAACGAUAAGCUGAUGGCGGAAGCUAUAGUCGUUGAUCGGGAACGCACCGUCAUGAUCCUCGAGGAUCUGGCUCCUCUGCGCUACACGAAUGCAGACAGGGUGAAGCAACUGGACAUGGCACAUACUAAGCUCGUCCUGGAUAUGAUGGCAAAAUUUCACGCUGCAGCCAUUAUCCUGAAUCAACGGGAGCCGGAUCUCCUCAGCCGGAACUACUCAUCGCACUUCUUCUCAAGGGGCAAAAAAGGUUACGGGCAGGUGUUUGUUGGCCUGUUCAAGGCCAUCGUUACGUUAAGACCAAGCCGAAUCUAA